AUGACGGUGGGUAUUGCAAGAAAGCUCUCUAGGAGCAAGCCACAUAGAGAUGCGCUGCUGAAGAACCUUGCGUGCCAGUUGUUUCAGCACGAAUCCAUAGUUACGACACACGCUAAAUGUAAAGAAGCUUCCAGAGUUGCAGAACGGAUCAUUACCUGGACGAAGAGGGCUCUUUCGACGAAUAAUAGUGUUUCACAGGCGGAGUUAAGGUCACAAAUCCAGAGCAAACUGUUUCUGGCAGGAGACAACAAGAAGUUGAUGAAGCGGUUAUUUAACGAGAUUGCACCACGGUACUUAGAAAGACCCGGUGGGUACACACGGGUGCUUCGGUUAGAGCCCAGAGCUAAUGACUCGUCGCCGCAAUCUGUUUUGGAAUUGGUCGAUUCGCCCGUGUUGUCUGACUCGUACACAGUGAACAGGGGCAACUUGAAGAUGUGGCUAUUGGUCAAAUCGAUCAUCAACGAUGAUGCCAACCAAGUUCCUCACAACCCGCUUACACUACAGAAUCUGCACAAGUUGGCGAAGUUCAAGCCGGAAGCACAGUUGCAUGGUGAAAUUAUGCAGAUCAAGAAGAUCUUAUAUAAGGAAAUGUCUAUGUCCUAUGAUGAGGCGAAAGAAAAUGAAAAGACGCAGUCACUUUUGAAACAGGCUUACUCUUCAUCAUUGCCAAAGAAGCAGAGGAAACCUUCCUCGUACAUCAUGGUUCCCAGACCUUGA